AUGCGCUCCGUCUAUGCCGUCGUCCCCCUUGCCCUGGCGCUGCGCGCCGCCGCUCUCUACGAAGACUGGCACUUUGGAAACAUGUUUGCUGUUGGGCCUACAACAAACAACGCUCAAAUCACCAAGGCUACGUACUCGCUUGUUCCACCAGCGGUCCCUUGUGGUACUACCCAGGAGAAGCAAAACGACGCCCCCUGGCUGUCCAUAUGGGUCGGCAUCUCCGCUUCGAUGUCGGAUCAGGCUGCGGACCUGUUCCAGCCUUUGUUGAACUGGUCGCCGGACCAGAAGUCCCAGGCUUGUCCGGCUACGGCGGAGGAGUGGUGUGUCGCUACCAGCACCUAUCAUCUAUCUGGUCAGGUCCAGCAGCCGUAUAUCACUGUCCCUGGUGGCUCGCAGCUUGACUUUACCAUCGCCGUCGAUGACAAGAAGAUUACACAACAAGUCUCCGUCGGUGGAAAGCAGGUCUCUGAGCAAUCCGACGACAAAUCCAUCAACCCUACCUUCCUCUACUCCAGCAACGAAUGCUACCUCGGCACUUGUGGUACGGUCGCUGGCUACAGCUGGGACAAGCUCACCAUCCAUCUCAGUGAGGCUGAUCCCAACUUCGGUGAGACGCUGAACCUGUCGAACGCUACGUCGAGCGGCUUCACGACUUCCGAUCAGGGUAAGACUUGGUAUGCCGAGUCGAUCAAGAUCAAUGAGGAUUAUUUCUAUUCUGAUGGAUCUCAGAAGGAGUGCUCUGCUUAG